CCGAGGCCGCUCCAACUCUCCCCGGCCUCCACGAUCGGCGACCCUCUUCUUCUCCGUCGCACAUGCGCGGGUUCUGGCAUCUUUAUCAUCUGCCAUCCUGCCAUCUAGUUUUAUCGUCAUCUCCACGAGGCGCUGGUUUCAGCGUAAUCGUAAGGGCCUGGCGAUUGGGGCCGGUGUGCUAGGUGCAGGUUACCUGGCCGUUUGCGACGACGUUUCGAGCAAAACUAAACCGACUAAUGUUAUUGAAGCGCUUUCUGUGGAGGAGCUCACUAAGGAGCUACAGAAGAAGCGGGCUGAAAGGCUGGCUUGUAUUAGUGCCGGAGAAGGAACAGGUUCAGAUAUGAGCUCCAUCUCUUCUAGUCUCCCGGAGGAUGACCGCAAGAGUCUCUCUAGUUUUCAGAGUAAGGGUUA